AUGUGGGAAUCGCCCGCCUCGUGGCUGGGAGAGCAGGGUUGCCAAGGAGCGCGUAAACGGACGUGGUGUAAAGGGGGCGGUGCCAGGCGACGGCCGCUUGGCUCGGCGGCGGAGCGUCUCGUUAUCGCCGGCGGCGGAAGGGGGUGGCGGGGUGGCCCUUCCGGCUUUGGUCGCCAGCCCCGCGGCCGAACCCCCCGCAAGCGCCGCCGUUUCGAACUGAGCGGUGAAUGGAGGGUGUAUGAAGUGCGCGUGUGUGUGUGUGUGUGUGUGUGCGCGCGCGAAGUGCAUUCCUACUUCUGUACGAUUGACCGCGCGUGUGGUGCGUCCUCGCGCAAGCUGCCGCGAAAUGAUGUCGCGAACUCGGCCGCGCACGCACGUUUUCCUCGCGCCCCUCGGCCGGGCGCACGCGAGCCAACCGCGCGCACUUACGGCGGCGGCGGCUGUCCCUUGCACCCAGCGAAGACGCUUUUCGCUCGGAUGGGCGCACGCGCACGCGGCGGCGCGCGAUUGCCACAGUCCUGCCUUGGCAAGCCAAAGGUUGAAGGAGAUGAAGAAAAGGAGGAGGAGAAGGGGAAGAUGGAGAAGAGGAAGAAGGAGAAAAGGAGAAAAAGGCCGGACUAG